AUGAAUUCCAAUUCACUGAGGGAAGCUCCUUUGAAAACCCCCAAUGACGCUUCGGAGACGAACCAGCUCUUCGUUCCUAAAGAAACAGUCGAUAAUCCAUUUGAUCUUACUUUGGUAGUCAGCGACUCGAAAGAAAUCAAAGUUCAUAGACGUGUUCUCUCAGAGGCAAGUCUUUUCUUCGAAAAACUGCUAAACACAAAUAUGAGGGAAAGCAACGAAGCAGUCGUUAACUUGGAAAUGCUAACCGAGUCUUGCUUAAGAGAUAUACUGGAGUAUGUUUACACUGGUGCGAUUCUGGUUUUGAGUGACGACAUGGCCCAAGAGCUGCUAGGAAUGGCGGACUAUUUGGUUCUACCCAAUCUUAAAACUCUGGCUUCAAAAUACCUCCUAGAUCACAUCAGUGCUAGCAGCUCUAUUUCAACUUAUUACUUAGCCGAAAAAUAUCAUUGCGAGGAACUCCUUUCCGUUUCUGAGAAGUUUAUCCUGGCAAAUUUCACGACCGUGGCAAAAACAGAAGAUUUCUUGAAUUUGCCCGCCAAAGAAGUUAAAAUGUGGAUUUCAAGUGAUGAUAUUCAGGUCAGUGCCGAGGAAGAUGUGUUUAAAAUCAUGCUGAGGUGGAUUGGUCACGAUAAAAUUGAACGCAAUAAAUGCUUUGUCGAGCUUUUUCGUGAAGUUCGGCUUAUUUACGUAUCGCGUGACUUCCUACACAGUGAUAUCGUGACAAAUGAUCUUGUGAAUGAUAACGAAUACUGUGUCGAGCUUGUGAAAGAUGCCAUAAGGUUUGUUGAUUCCAAGGGCCAUUUGCCCCUCUGUGUUAAACCACGAAAAUCACUCGAAAUUCCUGUUUUCGUCAUUGCUGUCAAGUCUACUAGUCGGGAGUAUCAAGUUAUUUGUUACCUUCCUCACGAAAAUAAGUGGACUCAAAACUUUACAUGUGGCACAGUACUUGAUCAGACAGAAAAAGUAAUCGGCUGUCAAGGGAAACUUUAUUUCAUAUCCCAAACACACAGAAGGUUGCUGUGCUAUGACUCAUUGUCUAACUAUUGGACGCAAAUCCCAUUUGAAGAACAAAGGAAUUUACUUAAUGUAUUUGUUAGACAUAAUGAUGAAAUGUGGGCUCUAAUGAGUGAAGACCAGUCUUGUUGUCAUCUCUCCUUGCAUUCUCAUGGAAACAACCAAGUUUGUGGAGGAAAGCACCUUUAUUUUCUCGCAAAGUACAGACCUGAAUCGAACGAAUGGGAAGAAAAGUCAUCAUUUGAACUGGAGAAAGUUAAGGUUGGAGUUUGCAUGGUAGCCAACAACGACAGUUUUAUCUAUUUCCUUGGUGGUUCCUUAAUUAAUCAAAUCACCGGUACGUCUGAAGUUAUGGCAGAUUGUGAUAGGUAUGACUGCAAUACAAACACUUGGCAGAAAAUUUCUGACAUGAAAUGUCCCAAAAGUCAUGCGUAUGGCACUGCAAAGAAUGGAAAUGUCUUCAUUGCAAGCGACCACUAUAAGCCUUGCCCUUGGGGUGGAAGGUUUGAAGUGUACUACGAAGCGACUAACAAGUGGCAUAUCAUAGCAGACCCAAUCUCAGAUCCUACAUGCAAUCGAAGAUUUUUGUGUGGCUUAGUAGUUUCUGAUCACAAUCUAUAUUCAUUGAAUAUGUUUUUGUUUACUGGCGGAUUGCGACUUGGUUGCCAACGAUGUGCAAUUCAAUGCUAUAAGCACUAUAAGAACGAAUGGAGCAUAAAAUCUCAAUCAAACCCUGUUAAGAACGAAUAUGAUGAAACUGCACGCCAUUGGUUCUGCAGAUAUGACUUGCUCUGCUCGAUGAGAGUAUUUAAGGGGAGUGCGUUUCUUCAGCAAGCCUUGAACUCUGAUGUCCAGGUUCAACAGUUCUCAGAUGAGCCGGAGAUUCUGGGACACGCUCUCCAGAGUGAUGACCUUUCUCGGGGGAAGGGUGCGGCUACUCGUAGGCUAGACACCAUACAACAUAAAUGCGCCAUUUUGUAG